UUCCGCGGUGCGUGGCUUUCCUGGUCGGGGUUCGCUCACUUUGAACGCACGCGCAGCGCCGCAGGGCGGAGCCUGCCUAUAAAAGCCCGAGCUGCACUUUGGGCCAACUUCUGAGCACAUCGUAUCCCGAUCUCGGCUGACUCCGAACCCUUCUUACACGGCGCGUCCCCCCCCCGAACCCAACCCGAGCAAGCAUGCCUUCGGAACUGGAGACCGCCAUGGAGUCCCUCAUCGUGGUGUUCCACCGCUACGCCUCGCGGGAAGGCAAGACCGGCACCCUCAACCGGCGGGAGCUGCGGGAGCUGAUGGAGAACGAGCUGUCCAACUUUUUAAAGUGCCAGAAGGACCCGGCCGCCGUGGACAAGAUCAUGAAGGAUCUCGACACCAACGGGGACGGCCAGGUGGAUUUUGAGGAGUUUGUGUCCCUGGUGGUGGGCCUGUCCAUCGCGUGUGAGCAGUGCUAUCAGAUGCGCAUGAAGAACGUGACCCAGAAGAAGUAGAAGAACCGUUUUUCCCGCAAGAGAACAACAUUCCGUGAAGCAUUUCAUUGUCUUUCUUUUGGUUUUGUUUUGUUUUUUUUUCCAAGUUCAAUGUCCAUUAAAAAUGUCCCAAAGGAUUUCAAACAGA